UUCAUUGCUCUCGAGAGGAGGAGCUUUUUCUUGCUGAUAGAAAGCCCACAUAUUCACUGGUUACUAGUGGGUUGGGCAUGGUAUUAGGCCCAUUAGCCGUCCUCUUAAAGGAUUGUCGGCUCAGAAGUUUCAUGACCGCCAUUGCACAACAUUUCCGUCGACGAGGCAGAGCAGCUUCGAGCAUUCAAGUCUCUGCUUCGUCACCGCUUGAUAUUGAUGCUGGUGAAGCCCAAAGCAUUUCCGUUACGAACAUGGACAAAGCUCAGCCAGUUCCCGUCCCUUCGCCGGAGCGUCACAACUCAGCAGGCCGACGUAAUCUCCACCAACAUUUCCAUAACGCAGCACUUGAGGUCUGGCAAACUGGACACUGCUCGAAAGAUGUUCGACGAAAUGCCCGAACGGUCCGUGGUCUCGUGGAAUACCAUGAUUUCCGGUUACUCCAAGUGGGGAAGGUAUCCUGAUGCCCUGAGCCUCGUCUCGAGCAUGCACCGCAGCGGGAUGAAGCUCAACGAGACCACCUUUUCCACCGUGUUGAGCAUUUGCGCAAAUUCGAAGUCUUUGAAAGGCGGGAAGGAAAUCCACUCCCUCAUCCUGCGGUCCGGGUCAGAGAGGUUCGAGCUCGUUGGAAGUGCCCUGCUUUACUUCUAUGCAAAUUGUGCUGGAGCUCAGGAGGCCGAGUGGAUUUUCGAGGAGUUCAUUCAUAUGAAUGACCGGCUGUGGAACUUAAUGAUUGUAGCUUACGUGCAGUAUGAUUGGAUGGAGGAUGCAAUGGACGUGUUCGAGAGAAUGCCAAGGCGGGACGUUGCCGCGUGGACCUCCCUGAUCUCGGGGUUUGCAAAGCAGGAGGAUGCGGGAUCCCAGGAGACAGCCUUGGAGCUGUUUCAGCUUAUGAGGGAGACUGGUGAGGUAGCACCGAACGAGUUCACCUUGGACUGUAUUCUGAGGACUUCUUGCAAGCUCGGAGUUUCUCGACUGGGUCUGGCCAUCCAUGGCCUUGUGAUCAAAUACGGGCUCCAGUCUGAUGACUCCAUUAGCAGCGCCCUGAUUGAGUUUUACUCCAGUUGUGAAGCAAUCAAUGAGGCGAGGAGGGUUUAUGAUGGAGCAGUGAAUCCGAGUUUAAAUGCUUCAAAUGCUUUGCUUGAGGGACUUGUUUCAAUGGGUAGGAUCAAUGAUGCUGAGGUGAUAUUCAACGGACUCUCUGAGCUAAAACCGAUUUCGUAUAACUUGAUGAUUAAAGGGUAUGGACUAAAUGGGCAAGUCAAGGAUUCGAAGAGGCUGUUCGAUAAGAUGCCUCAGAGAACCAUAGCCUCCUUCAAUACAAUGAUAGCAGUAUAUUCGAGGAAUGGGGAGAUCAAUAAGGCUAUGCAGCUCUUUGAUGAGAUAAAGGGAGAAGGAAAUCCGGUCUCGUGGAACUCCAUGAUCUCCGGCUGUAUCCAAAAUGGUCAUUAUGAGGAUGCAUUCAAAUUGUACAGGGAAGGGCGGGAAUUAUCAAUCACCAGAACAAGAUCAACUUUCUCCGCUCUAUUCCAUGCCUGCUCAUGCCUUGGGUCGCUUAAACUCGGGCAGAUGCUCCACGCCCAUGUGCUCAAAACGCCGCACCAAUCAAAUGUCUAUGUCGGGACAUCUCUCGUAGACAUGUACUCCCGAUGUGGGUCCAUUGACGAUGCUCGAAGGUCGUUCUCAAGCAUCUCCUUGCCUAAUGUUGCCGCUUGGACUGCCCUGAUCAAUGCGUACGCCCAUCACAGGCUUGGGUCGGAGGCAAUUCGCCUGUUUGAGGAGAUGCUAGAGAAUGGGGUCUGCCCUAAUUCGGCCACAUUCGUAGGGAUCCUCAGUGCUUGUGGCCAUUCGGGUCUAAUUGAGGAAGGAAUGAGAAUCUACCGAGCAAUGGGAAAUUAUGGGAUCAUCCCUACGUUUGAGCAUUAUGCUUGUGUGGCCAACCUGCUGGGUCGAUCGGGCUAUUUGAAGGAAGCAGAGGAGUUUAUCGAUCAGAUGCCCAUUAAAGCAGAUGGGGUCGUGUGGGGAGCCCUCUUGAGUGCGUGUUGGUUCUGGGCGGAUAUGGAAGCAGCAGAGAGAGUGGCUGAAAAGAUGUUCAGGAUCGACUAUAACAAUGUGUCUGCUCACGUUAUCCUCUCGAAUAUCUAUGCCCUGUCGGGGAGGUGGAGGGAGAAGAGGAAGGUGAGGAAGCAGUUAAGGGGACUGGCACUGAAGAAGGACCCCGGGCGGAGUUGGAUCGAGCUAAACAGCGGGUUUCAUGCCUUCUCUGUGGAGGACAGAGGCCACCCACAGUGCGACUUGAUUUACUGGACUUUGGAACGUAUAACAGCGAAUGUGAACUCACUAGUGAUGCUCGACUAUGUUUCAGAACGAACUGAUGAUAUUGCUGAUGUAAAUACAACAGUUCCUUUGUGACAUUGUCCAUUCCUGGCUUAUUUCGAACUAAUGAGAAGAGUAUGAGAAUCAAGACAUCAAA